GGCAGUUUCACAGCCUGUCCGCACGGGGGGGCUCUAAUUUAUAUGCCUGUUUGUCACUGCUGCUGUCAGAGAAUGAAUGUGUAUGGCUAGUCGCCUGGUAUCUUUGGCAAUGUUGUCAUUAGCAGAAUGAUAUCGCAGCGGGAUAGAGGAGAAUUUGCUCGGUUUUAUACUGUCACGGAUCCUAAAAAGCACCAGAAAGGCUAUACUGUGUACAAAGUCACCGCAAGGAUAAUCUCCAGGAAGAACCCAGAGGACGUCCAAGAGAUAGUAGUAUGGAAGAGAUACAGUGAUUUCCGGAAGCUUCAUCACAAUCUCUGGCAGCUGCACAAGAAUGUAUGUAGCCAGUCAGAGCUGUUUCCUCCCUUUGCCAAGGCCAAAGUCUUUGGCCGUUUUGAUGACUCAGUGAUUGAAGAAAGAAGACAGUGCUCUGAGGAUCUACUGCAGUUCUCUGCUAAUAUCCCUGCUCUCUAUGCUAGUCAGCACAUACAAGAUUUUUUCAAGGGAGGUGAAGUCCACGACGGCUCAGAGCUCAUUGGACCAGCUGAGCCCUUUUCUGACUUCCUGGUAGACAGUUUAUCAGACUGCAGCUCCGAUGUUCAAAGAGACAUCAGUGGUGCAGAUGAUUUGACUAUCACAUCUGAGUAUGGAGGCCCAUCCAGUGACAGCGACCUGACCUCCCUGGCUGUGGAUACAGACUCUUUGGCUGGGCUGGAUGAGGGCAUGCCCUCAGGCCGCCCCUCCCCAAACCAGCCACAGGGGGAAGCUACUAACAUUAGCAGCAGCUGCAGCCCUCGCUUGCCCACCUUGCAUGAACGCCGCAUCCUAUCUCCUGCCCCAGUCGCGGCUUCCUCAGCCCCUAACCCAGAGAUCAGCUGGCCAGGUCGUAUGCCGCUCUUUUCCAGCAGUCUGAAGAAAGCCAGUGGUAGCAACACAAAGGACGUCAAGUCAGGCUACCUAGACAAAGCAAGCGAACUUAUCGGUUUGGCUAUAGAGAAAGAGAAACAACAGGACUACCGGGCAGCUUUUUCCUACUAUCACAACGGUGUGGACCUGCUGCUGCAGGGAGUGCAAGGUGAGCCCAGUCCCACGCGGCGAGAAGCAGUGAAGAAGAAGACUGCAGAGUAUCUGAUGCGUGCAGAACUGAUAUCCAGUCAGCAUCUAAAAAGCAACAUGGGUCAGGGGUCACCGCAGGCAGUGGCUUUGGGGGCACAGUGCUGCGCUUCCACCAGCAGAGGAGGCCAGCAGAUUCCAUCUGAAGAGCUGAGAGCUUACAGGGUGUUGGGUGUCAUAGAUAAGGUUCUUUUGGUCAUGGACAAGAGAACACAAGAGACGUUCAUCCUGAAAGGUCUAAGGAAGAGCAGUGACUGUGAGAGGGCUAAAAAGACCAUCAUGCCUCACUCUGUGCCCCACAUGGUGCAGCUGAGAAAGUUCAUUGUUUCUGAAGACACUGUUUUCCUCCUGCUGCAUUAUGCUGAAGGUGGGAAGCUGUGGUCUCACAUUCAAAGGUACCUGCGUACGUCCAGCCCAGAAGAUAGCUUUGACAUUCCUUUCAUCCAGAAGAGUCACACAGCAGCUGUACACUCUCCACAGCAUAUUGUUUCACAGUUGGAUGUAGGUUCAGCCAGUUCUGGAUCAGGGCUUGUUGCUGGUUCUGGUUCUGGGCUGCAGAAGGAGGGAGAAAACUUCACCAUGUCUGCUCUUAAAAGUGUUCUCCUUCCUAGGCUUGUCGAACAAACUGGGGCCCAGUCAGACUCUGGAACCACUUCUGAGGAAGAGUGCACCAAUAGUUAUUUGACACUUUGCAAUGAGUAUGAGCAAGAGAAAGUAGACCCUGAUGCACUAGAGGAGGAAGAUGAGAAGAGUGAACAGGAAAUGCUGUCCCUAGAAGUGCCCACUGCACUGACCACCACUUCCUCACGCAGCCGCUCACUGCUGAGCAAUGAUAGCCUCUCUUCCCCCAUCAGCUCUCAGGAACUUGGCUUCUUCACUGAGUCAUCUGACAAAAGUGGCCACACCCAUGACAAUGAACAAUACUGUGGUGAAGGACAGGACCACAGCGAAGUCUUUAGUCCUUUAUCCUCCCCUGCAGUGCCUCUCUCUCUGGAUCAGUCCAAGCAUACACCAAUGGAGUUUUUCCGUAUUGAUAGCAAAGACAGUGCAAGCGAGGUGACCUGCCUCGACUUAGGAGAGCAGCACACCCCUUAUAAGCAGGUCCCUCUCUUCUUGGCAUCUGACCCAGGCUCGGAUGUCACAGAGUAUCCUCCAGAGCUGGCUCAGGAGGUCAAAGGUCAUGGUUCAGAGUUUUGGGGGUUAGACUGUAGUGAUAAAGGCUCCAAUGAGUCAGUGCCAGUCAUCUCAUUUAAAGAGGCAGUAGGGGAGGAUGAGGGUCACCCACCAGACCUUUUGGUCAACCUGCCUGUCAUGAGUGGGACUGUAGACUCUUUACAGGAGGAAUUAGAGACUUCAAGAGUGUGUCUGGGCCCUGAGGCCCCAGCUUCUCCUCAGAAGUUCAUUCAGCCUGAUGUUUUACAGCUUCACAGUCAACCUGAAGGAGAGGAGCAGCCACUGGAGCAGGAGCUUUCAUCUUUGUGUACAGCUGCUGUGACCUGUGACACCAGUGUUGCAUCGUCCUCUACUUUCAACUCGCUGUGGGAUGACUGCGUCCUGACAUUUGAGCAAAAGGCCUCUGACAAAAUGGUUCUUGAUUCUGAAUGCCAUAAUAAUGACCUCCACCUUGAAGCAAGCAGUCCAGAUACUGACUCCCAUAAUGAGAAACUAGAAUCCAGUACAAAAGUAAACACAGAGUUGGUUUCAGACUCCAGUGGCAACGGUGCAGACUCUAUUCUAGCCACAAGCAGGGCUGAUGCCUGUGAAGUGGAUGAGAGUUUGUUAGACCUUGAUGGUGAGCCAUCAGGAGUUAUUAGUAAUACAGGUGUCAUUGAAUUUGAUAAAGCGGUAUCACGGCUGUUUGCCGAGCUGGACGAGCUGUCGUUGGCUGCGUCCCAAGCUCGUAUCCCGGAAGAGUUUGUACGAUGCUGGGCUGCAGAGAUAGUGAUGGCCCUGGAUUACCUGCACCAAGAGGGCAUCAUCUGUCGAGACCUGAACCCCAACAAUAUCCUGCUUGACCAUCAAGGUCAUGUUCAGAUUACCUACUUUUGUAGCUGGAGUGACGUGGAGGAGUGUUGUGACAAAGAUGCCAUUGCCAAUAUAUACUGUGCACCAGAGGUGGGAGGUAUCAGUGAAGAGACAGCAGCAUGUGAUUGGUGGAGUUUAGGCGCCAUCCUCUUUGAACUCCUGACCGGCAUGGUGAGUCAGAAAGUAUCUUUGUUGCUAAGGUGUUGUGGGAUGUCUGUAGGUGUCUUGGCUUUCAGGUCUCUUGCACUCUUUCUGGUGUUGCCAGGUUGUGUGUCUGCAUGUGCUCUCAACAUCCCUGAGUUUGUUUCAGAGGAGGCCAGAUCUCUACUGCAGCAGUUGCUCCAGUACAACCCAAUGGAGAGACUGGGGGCAGGAGUGGGUGGUGUGGAUGAUAUCAAAUCCCACCCAUUCUUUGCUAGAGUGGACUGGCUCAAAUAGACGCUGUGCAUUGUGCAACCGAUAAACAGUUACAAGCUGGGAAAGUGGUUGUCGUGAAUGAACUCCUUUCAGUCUAGUCACAUAAAUAGAAAUACAGUAAAUCUAGAUUAUGCAUUUCUAUAAACAUCUCCCAUUUUGUGUAUGGCCAUUCAGUCACUAGAUAGUGUACUUGUUAGAUUUACAGUUCGCCAAGCAAAGAGGUACAUCGAUUGUUUCUUUAUCUCCUAGAGGUCUUACUGUGCAACUUUAUGGUGCAGGGAACACUUAACAUGUCUGGUGCAAUAAUUUAUACAGUAACUGCUUGUACUGAGUAAAGAUCCACUACUGCGUUUAGACGCCUCAUACAGUAGAUGUAAGCUAAAAUGACAUGAGUAAGAGUGACAUGACGUUUUUGUGUCCCCAUAUUUUCUCUGCAUUCAUUUAGUACUGUAUGUUAUCCAUUCAGACCGACACAAAUGUAAGCCACCUUUCCUAAUGAUCCAUGUGCAAUACACAGCAACACUUAUGCCAUUCCUCAUCGCUCCCAUCGAGUUUAAAUGGAGACGAGAUGAGUUAUUUUGAUCCUGGGUUGGUUGUGUUGUUGCACUGAUUUACAAAAAGAUAUCUCACUUCCAACAACAACAUCAGACUUUUUUUUAAUUUCUUUUGACCCUAUGCAACGUGAAUGAACAAAAAAUUCUAAGCAGGUGGGUUUUGUUGCUGAGUGAAGAAUUAAAUGAUAUUAAGACUGAAUUAUUUAAUAGAUUAUAGUCAGAAAUAGUGGCCAGUUAAACCAAGUAUUCUUCCAGUGUGGUCAGGAAGAGUUUUUCAUUGAAGACGGAAAGAAUAAUGUAGGAUGAGAUUUGAACCACACAUUUGAAACCAGCCCUUAUACAUGUUGUAGUUGUUUUUAUGAAUAUCGGAGAACGUGCUCUGCAUUGUACAACACUGCAUUUUGUGCAUGGAAGCAUAUGAAUUAUGUAAUAUAUUUAAUACCAUGAAAAUUCUGUUUAACAAUAAAUAAUGUCUUGUAAAAAUCCCUUUUAAAGGAUGUUGUGCUGAGUGAAAGAUACUCCCAGGUGUCAAAACCUUGACUGUGUUCAACUUGUCAGUCACUCACUGCCUUGUCAAUCAAAUCCUUUUUAUUUGGUUUUAUUUUUGUGAAACACACCUGCUAAUUUGCCACACAGAUCUUAGAGUAAUGUGUAUCAGUGAUAUAGUAAUGUCUUUUAUCAUCUCUUGUAUAAUCAAAUGAGACUUAGAAAUACUGGAGCAUAUAUUUAAUAUAUAUAUUCAGAUAAUCACUCCACUGUAAAUGCUGCAUUGUGCUACUUCACUGCAGUGUAAUCCAUGUUGACUAACAGAUGCAUUUUAUCAGAUAUGAGAUUAGAUGUUUUUGUUUGGUUUCUAUUGAAUGUUUACACUUACCUGUGCUGUAUGUCUCUACUGGUCUGUCUGCACUCUGGAAAACAAUAAACAUACCAGGAUGAGUACAUGAACAGA